GAUUCGUUUAAAGUCGAUGAGACAGGUCGCUCCACGAACAAUUUUAUGCAUAAAGCCGACUUAAAACUCAUGCCAACCUUCCCCCCAAUUCCUUCUGUCUACUAUACUCGGAUUAGUUACCCGCCCGAUGCUUGCAAGAUUGAGUCGCCUAAUGCCCCUACACUCUCCUCCCAUUCCAGCCUUCCACUUGAAGACACAAAAGACACAACAUCCGACGCUUUUAGUCAUAUUUCAAUGAGUCACAAAAGUGUUCUCGAUAUGUGA